AAGUCGUGUCACUCUUGUCACUGUUCUCUCUCGCCUGACUGACGUCUGCGCGGAGUCUGAUUUCAGUCUGAUCAGUCUGAUUAAUCGGUCCAAGAUGGCAAGCGAAGUAAACGAUUUCGCUGCCCAAACAAGUGAGAAUCUGAAGGAAAAUACUGAGGCAAUGGGAGACAGAAUAGUGUCGACACCCGAGGGAAUGGCCCUCGCCUACGGGAGUUUGAUAGUAAUGGCCAUUUUACCCAUAUUCUUCGGCAGUUAUCGGGCUGUAAGACACCAUAAGGAGCAGCAGCAACAAUGCAAAGAAAGUGGAGAGCAACCAGAAACAAUGUCCUGCAAGGAAGCAGCUAUAUUUCCUUUUAUUUCAAGCUUCGCCUUAGUCGGGCUAUACGUAUUGUAUAAGGUAUUUGCUAAGGAUUAUGUUAAUCAAGUGUUAGCUGGAUAUUUUUUCUUCGUAGGAAUCUUGGCUCUGUGUCACCUCACUAGUCCAUUAAUUUCAUCGCUAGUACCUGCUGCGAUUCCCAAAACCCCGUAUCACAUACAGUUUACCAGGGGCGAAGGUGAUAAGGCAGAGCACAUUAUUAAUUAUAAAUUCAAUUUUCAUGAUAUCGUUUGUUUAAUAUGUUGCUCCCUUGUCGGGGCUUGGUACCUCUUGAAAAAGCAUUGGAUUGCCAAUAAUCUGUUUGGUAUCGCGUUCGCGAUUAACGGAGUCGAACUGUUACACGUGAACAACGUCGUAACAGGAUGUAUUCUACUUUGCGGACUAUUGUUUUACGAUGCAUUCUGGGUAUUCGGUACUGACGUAAUGGUCACCGUCGCGAAAUCGUUCGAAGUGCCGAUUAAACUGGUGUUCCCGCAAGAUAUAUUGGAGAAGGGUCUCACCGCUAGCAAUUUCGCGAUGCUGGGUUUGGGUGACAUAGUCUUGCCUGGAAUUUUUAUCGCUCUCUUGUUGCGAUUUGACAACAGUUUGAGCAGGAAGACAAACGUCUAUUUUUACUCGACGUUCUUCGCGUAUUUUAUGGGCCUGUUAGCGACGAUCCUCAUCAUGCAUUUAUUCAAUCACGCACAACCGGCUCUGCUGUACUUGGUACCCGCCUGCCUGGGAACUCCUUUACUUCUCGCACUGGCCAAAGGAGAUCUGAAGGCAUUAUUUUCGUACGAGGAUCAUCCAGCUAGCGCGAAACAAGCAGAAUCUGCGACACAAACACAAGCAGAGACGAAAAAAGAAUCAUAAUAUUAGCACUUAAGCGACGUAAUACAAAUCUCAGCAUUACUAUUAUGCUGGUGUCAUUUUUAAUUCAUCAUGAAUAGGAGAACGAAACAAUAGUUUGUCUUAUGCUCAACUCGUACAAUCAUAAAAUUGAAACGUCUCAGUGACACGAACAAUUCUGUCUUACACGUACAACGUAAGACGUGAUCUUACGUUCGAUUUUUCUUUCGUGAUAUAUCGUGGAAAGUUCAACUCCCAAUUGUUAUUAUUCCGAAUUCAUUUUGCUUUUCUUAAAUGUCAGUACACGUAAUAAGAUUAAUAUCAGUAAUUUAUAGGAUUACUCGAAAGCGAAAUUAGUACUGCCUUAUAAAUAAACUAUUUUUCCUUGUCCGUUCUUUUUAAGUAAAGGGUACAUAAAUAUUUAGCCGCUUCGUAAUCGGUGCAGUGUAAUUAAAGAAACAUUAGGUUGACUUCUUCCAUUUCCGUGUAAAAUUUAGUCUUCUUUGAUUAUUUACACAUAGAGUUCGGACGCAUCGUAUGUGUGAUUCAUCAUCCGAGCUAUGUACUACUUUAAUCAUUAAAAACGAAUACAUUACUUUCCACGUGCACAAUUUUAACAAAUUACGAUUUUUUCCAUGAGUUUAUACAACUUUUCUACGUGUAAUUAUACGUUGUAAUAAUUUAUCAAAAGAGUGAAUUUUGUAAAAUAUGUAUAGUUAGGACAAUUUAUAAAAGUCUCUCGAGGGUAAAAUAAAAUUAGAUUUUUUCAUUUA